UUACUGUGGCCUUGCAAUGCCUUCAAGGAAAAAUACUUAUACGAACACCUUGUAAACACAGUUGGUACUGAAAUAGAUAUCCGUACUAGACAACGAUUAUUCAUUGUUACGGAUAUGAUCAACAAUGUUGAUUUGCCUGAUGGAACACGAAUUUCAAGUGGAAGUUUAGCAGAAGGGCUAGAUUUACCAGGCAGUGACCAAGAUGUAAUGUUCGUCAAAUACAAUGUCAGAGUGCUACGCAAUAUACGGAAUAUCAAACACCCAAUUCGAUAUACUACACUGGUUAUGGAGUCAGAUACUGACCAUCCUGGAUUUACUAAACUCAGAUUAUUAGCAGAAGAUGAUGUAGAAUCCAGAGGUUUAACAUCUAAAUGCGUUGAAAGUACUAGAAACGGUGCAUAUUUAUCAGUAAAUGGUUUUAUUGAUGAGGCUAGUAAGGCAAUACCGGAUACAUAUUUACACAGCCCGUGUCUGUCAACCGAGGACCAGGCUGUAGAUAUUGCCAUUUGCUUAAAAAGUACAUAUUUCCUUUAUCAAGCCAUUCCAUGGUCAUACCGUCACAGAAACCAAUGGCCAACUUAUAAUGUAAUUGAUAGGAUUUUUAACUACGGAUGUUUGUUAGUACCUAUUGGACCAAAGAAUAUUUCAGAUAGUCACUUAUUAUGGAGAUUCUCUUUUUCUGUUGCAGAAAAGCAACUUGUUCAUUCGUUUAAUUUUACUCAACUCCUAUGUUACGGUCUUCUGAAAUUAAUUUUGAAGAGUAGUAUAAACACAAACGAGGAUGUCAAAGAUUUGUUGUGUUCUUACUUUCUUAAAACGGCUGUAUUCUGGGUUUCGGAGGAAAUGAAUAUUAACACAUUUCAAUUACCCAAAUUAUAUUUUUGUCUUUCUCUCUGCCUAAAUAAAUUAAUGUUAUGGGUACACAACUGUUACUGUCCGAACUACUUUAUACCUGAGCACAACAUGUUCCUAGGAAAGAUAACCACUGAUAAUAAUGAACUACUAUUACAAGUACUGAAUAGCAUAUUACUUGGUAAAAUUGAUGGAUUGAUAACAAAAAUAUUUCCAUUUGAAAGUGGGAAUUAUCAUUUAUUACGUACAAAGAGUGCAAAUUCGUUCAAUUUGUUAGAUAUCCUAUAUUUCCGGAUUUAUCAAAUAGCGACUGAGACAAACAUUUCAGAUUGUUACAAAGCACUUACAUUAACUGAAUCUAUAAUUAAGUCCGAAUCGUCUGCAUUUAUAAUUGAUGUUUGUAAAUAUCAUUAUGCUAAGAUAAGCCAAUGCGCAGCACAGCUACUUCCUUCAGCAAACACAACUGGUGUUACUUACAACAUGCACAAACGUUACCAAAGACAUUUACAAGACGGCUUAAAGACAGAUGCCGUGUCGGGUUGGUUGUUAUACGCGUCUCUUUAUUAUGUGAUAGGACAUUACACGGUAACACUGAGACUAACGGAUUAUGUUCUAUCAAGAAGUACAUCAGACAUGGUAUAUAUAAGUUGUCCAACCUAUGAUGAAGAAGACAUAAAUAAUUACAGACAAAAUGUUUGUAACUCAGUAACCUUAAAUGCCAGGAUAAAAAAUGCCACGGUAAAAUGUGUUACCUACGUGAAAAACUCAUCGUUUAUACCAUUAGAACUACAGUUGGAGGUUGAAAAAGGAGAUAUAGACAUACCUCCUAUUUUUAUGUCUCACUGUCUUAGAUUUUUAUGUUAUCAUCAUUUGGGUGAUCAUUUAAACAAAGAACAGGCACUACGUGAUUUAGAUUUUACUGUAAAAAAAUGCAUUUUAAUUAAAAUGAAAGAAUUAUCUGAUUUAUUAACAAUACUUGGAGUAUGUUAUGAGAUAUCGGAUGACAAAGAAACAGCUUAUCAAUGUUAUAAUGAAGCGUUAAAAUUUGAUUAUGUAUGUCUUUCAGCAGAAACAAGGAAAUCAAAACUCUUUGAAGUCUUAUAUCAGCUUCAUCGUUGUAGUGAGAACUUUUUAUAGAUCCUCGCCAUUAAAAGGCUGGAAGCUUCCUAAUAUACAGAACACUAGACGAGAAUUUAUGAGACCAAUACAUUUCUUUCUUUAUCUUUCCUGUGUACGAUUUUGUCCUACUAUAGCUAAUCUAACAUAAAGCAACAUUGCAUUUUCAGAUUGAAGGCGAAUAAAUUGCCUGUGUUGUAUUAAUAAUGCUUUUACUUACUGUAUAAAAAUACCAUAUGCCAGGAUUUAUAAAAAAAAUAAACAGACUUUUAUUUCUAGAAUAAGAAAUGAACUUCAAGAACUUG